AUGGGAAGCAAUUGUUCGCAUAAUUCUUAAGCAUCAGAGAGAAAUAUUAUGAAUUAAUAAGAUUCUAUUCUUGAGAAUAGUCAAAUUUUCAAUCCUUUAAUUGAUAGUACUCUUGGAGCAAGUUAAUUAACAUAAAUGGAAAUACCUAAUGCUCAAUUACUAUCACCUGUUAAACCUCACAUCUCUAAAUACAACGAAAUUAAAUCUGUGGUUAGAGUUCCUACUGAAGAGAGUGUAUUUUAAAAAGAAUUUUGUGAAAUCAAAGAAUGUAAACAAUAAAACCCCUCUAAUACUUAGAAAAUACUCCAACCUAAAGUAUAGAUAAAUUUACAAUACUAAAAUCUACGUAAACACUAAUAAAAAAGAUAAUAAAGUCCUAAAUUCUAUACAGCCUCUCCAAAAAAAAAGUAAUAAGAAAAGAGCUAUUCUUAGUCCCCACUUUAAAAACAGGGUGCUACUUUCGAGAAAUCAAAUAAAAAAAGAGAAUCUCUUAAUUAUAUUCAUGUGCAGAAAGACAAAAUAGUAACGAAUAGAAAAUAUUCAGAUUUACCUUAGAAAAAAGAUAAUAAUUAAAUAAUAAGAAGAAAGAUAAGCGAUAUUUGCGUUGAUCACACAUAUAUUAUUCGAUUAGAGUGUCCUACUAAUUUUAGAUCGUUAACUCCAAAUUCGAUUUUGAAAAGGAAAGAUUUAGAAAUUCAAACUAAUUCUCCCCCAAAAAAGUAAGUAAGAUUCAAAAAUUCAAGAUAAAAGAAUCAACCUUGUACUUGA